CAACAGUCCGCCAUUAUUCAUCACCACAACCUUCAUCAUGCUUUCCAGGCAAAGGAAGAUGGCUAGGAGGGCCCUUUGCUUAUAUAUUGAGGUAGCCUCAGUAAAGGCCAAGUUUAUUGUUUUGUCCCCUUUAGUCACGCUUCUCCUCUCAAAAGAAAUCCUCUGUUAGUUGAAUUUUUCAUAUCUAAUCGCAUCAUCUCCUUGAGAUACUAUCUGCUGCCCGUAUUCGCUUAACAGCAAUGACGCUAGGAGAUGAAAUUGUAGAAGAAGGACCCGGAGGCUCCUACACCCCUUCAGAGUUUGAACGACUCGGGAGAGAACGACCGGAGGCAUUCAGUUCUAUUUGGACAGAAUUAGGGUUCUGCUUCUCUUUAAUUGGUUCCAUUUUUGCUGCCGAGUAUUUCACCUCUGGUUUCAACAUCCUCUUGCCAGUGCUGACUACAGCCUUGCAAAUUCCGUCGCAGGCAGAAACUUGGCCAGCCAGCGUCUUCUCCUUGGUCACUGGAGCUUUCCUUCUGCCUUCUGGACGUCUUGCGGACAUGUUUGGAGGAAAGGUAGUCUUUGUUUCUGGCCUUAUCUGGUUUCUUGUGUGGUCUAUUGUUGCGGGAUUCAGCCAGAACUACACCAUGCUCAUCAUUUGCCGAGCCUUGCAAGGGCUUGGACCUGCAGCCUUCCUGCCAUCUGGUAUAAUGCUCCUAGGUAGUCUCUACCGCCCUGGUCCACGCAAAAACCUCGUCUUUAGCCUAUACGGCGCCUUCGCUCCUGUCGGAUUCUUUGCAGGGAUAUUCUUCGCCGGUGUGUCUGCUCAACUCAUAUCCUGGCGAUGGUUCUUCUUCUUCGGUUCCAUCAUGUUGUGGGUAGUAACCAUUGCAUCAUACUUAACCAUCCCAUCUGACCAAGAAGAAAGAAAAGAUUGUGAAGUGAGGAUGGACUGGCUUGGAACCUUCACUAUCGUUCCUGGUUUGCUCCUCGUGGUAUUCGCCAUAACUGAUGGUUCCCAUGCCCAAAAUGGAUGGGCUACUCCAUACAUUCCAGUGACAUUCGUCAUCGGAUGGCUCUUUCUCGCCGGAACUGUUUACGUUGAGGGCUGGCUGGCAACGCAACCUCUUCUCCCUAGAGACAUGCUCGAUGUCAAGGGUAUGAAAGCCUUGGUAGUUGCGCUCUUCUUCCAAUACGGAGUCUUUGGUAUCUAUCUUUUCUACGCCAGCUUCUACAUCGAGGAGAUACUCCACGCAUCCCCGCUCCUCACCACGGCGUGGUUUUCCCCGAUGUGUGUUGGUGGGCUCAUUCUGGCCACCAUUGGUGGCUUGAUUCUUCAUCUGCUUCCAGGAACGACCCUACUUGGCCUCUCAGGUAUAUGCUACAUACUCUCGGUCGUUCUUUUCGCCAUAAUCCCUACAAACCCCAACUACUGGGCCUACAUCUUCCCAGCCAUGAUCUGCGCCACGGCUGGUAUCGACAUCACAUACAACGUCACCAAUAUAUUCAUCACCACAAGCAUGCCCAAGUCCCGCCAGGGUCUCGCUGGAGCGCUGAUCAACAGCAUGCUAUUCAUCGGGAUAUCUUUCUUCCUUGGCUUUGCGGACCUGGCUGUUACUCAGACGGCCGAACUGGGGCAGAGAGAAAGCUACAAGGUCGCGUUUUGGUUUGCGACUGGAUGCUCAGUGGUUGGAUUGAUUGUCAUGUUUUGGGGUGUUCAGAUUGGGAAGGCGGAAAGCCGGCUUACAGUCGAGGAGAGGGAAGAGCUGGAGCGGGAGUUGAAGAGACGGAGCUCACAUCAUGUAGGGCAUUAG